CGUAGCUCCGUACUAAAAAAUCCGAUAAAAUAGGAAAAAGUCAACGUAUCUCUAUGACCAAGGUGUCAAAGGACUUAUCUCGUUGAGCUCCAUAUAGUGAAGUGUAGUGCAGUACCGGAUUAGUGUUGGAAAGUGUUUUAGUGUGAAUAAUUAGCUUUUUUGAGGUUAACACUCAAAAAACAUCCACUGAAUCACUCACAGCCCGAGAUCCACAAAAGCCACAGAGUCGAGCGAUACGUCAUUAUUCGCGCCUCGGCAGGACCAGUCUACAGGUGCUUUUAUGGAAAUUCUACGACCUCCCACUCUGGAAUAAGGAGACAAAAACCGAAAACCACGUGGCCACGUGGUCCGGGAACGCGACGCUCCACAGACUUCGUUCAAGGUUUGGAUGCUGCAGCUUGAAUAAAGAAGAGGUUUGGUGCAAUUUCUAGAAAAUGUUGACAAUAACUUUUAUAGUUAUAAGAAUUAGAAAUUUAAAACUUUGAACCUGUAUAUCUCUAAAAGUAGAUCGAUAACAUAUAUUUUUCAAGAAGCUCUGCGUUGCGCGUAAACUUGAUUUACAUAACGAAAUUCUAAAAAAAAAAAAAAAAAACAGGGGGUGGGGGAAGCGGUUUUGGGCCUUGAACGAGUCUCCUUGUUUUCGGCAGGGAAUAUUGGUUUUCAGGAGUUUUUAAGAGAAAACUUUUUUCUGUUUAAACCACUGUCACAAUAUAGUCUUUAUACGCCCUAUAUUGGCAUACGAAACCGCGAGCUCAAGUGGUUAAAGUCGGACUUUGACGGCCAUUUUGAUCUUCUUUAGGCUGUCAUAUCCCCGGAUCCCGAGGGUCGCAGAAGAUCGCGGUUUUCAGCAUAGAGGUAGAUCUGAAACUCUAUACACGGUUUUAUAGCGGAGACGUCUGAUGAAGCAUACCCCCAACUAGAAUAAACAACCUCUCAAUCACUACACCACAUCAUCCCAGAGCCGAGCAAAUCACGUAGCAAGAUGUCUUCCAAAUCAACUUCGAGCGUAAAAGGCAACACCAGAGCUGACCCGAAAACAGGGACGCGAGGAACUGAUCGUGUCCUCAAAAUAUCUCGUCUGGAAGCACCCGACAUGGUAAUGAGGGAGGAGAAGAGGAAGAAAACCCAAGCUCCUCUGCCCAACACCGAAAAAGGGGACACUCCGGUCAGCCUAGCCACUAUCCUAAUAACCCCCUCAGACGCUGGCACUGGACAUGCCGGUGACACAAAGGAGAAACACCCCUUGACCGUAGCAGAAACACAAGAAGCACAACAGUUACGGGGUGGAGCUGCAUCAUUAAGAAUCAAAACGCAAUUAAGGCAGGCCAGUGUAGCUGAAGAAAUGUCGGCUCUAACCACCUCAGACUGCCUCGAAGACCUUGAGGACAGAAAAAGCACGGACGGCCGAUUUUCACUCAACAACUCAUCAAGCGCUGGACCAAACAGGUUAAUGAAUGGGCUUCCAAAACGAGCAAACGAAAUACUACAGGAGGCCAAGGCAGAGUUGGAGAGAUCGGGAAACCUCAAAAGGGAGAUAAGAGAAAAUGUGGUCGCAUCCCUUCAAGAGUUGUAUGAGAUGGUACUAAGACUAGCCGACUCACGCAUUUUACUCAUGCUCGAGGCCCAUAGAACCAAACCAAAUGAAACGAAAAACAUUGACAGAAUCAGAGCCAAGCACACAAACGAGUUGAAAGAUGCCCUCAACAAAUAUGAAGAACUGGAUGGCCAUAUUCUAACACUCAACAAAGACACGGAAAUGGUACGACAAAUAAUCCUGAGAGACGUUCAUGAUGAAUUAGCAAAGGUUAGACAGAACCAGGAAAACUCCUCUAAGGAAAUUAAGAAUACCCUAACAGAGUUAAAUACCCAAGUACAGAACAUAAAUAGUCAGAUCACGAACAUCCAAAUGCAUAUUGGGACAAAUACAGCAAAUACUCUACCCGAAUUGGAGGAAGUGAACAGGCGAAUACAGGAAGUCCAAGACACCCUACUUCACUUUACACAGGUACCGAAAAAAUCGACGGAGGAAAGACAAGAUAAAACUCCAAUUGAAACCUCAUACCUGAGAGACACCAUACAGAAGUCGGUCGAAACCGCCCUUGAAAUUAGUGAACUAGGGGUAAUCAAGGAACUCUGCAGCGAUACCAAUCAAAAGAUGGCCGAAACCAAGGAUAACACUGCAACUCUCCUGGGACGGACCAACAAAGAUGAAGAAAUGGGAAGAGCUCUAAAAUCAGAAAUAACAAAAAUCAAGGACGACAUAGCAGAUCUAAGAGAUGUGUCAGUGGAAGCAGUGGCCCCCAUCCGUACGGCCAUUGAAGAGAUAAGAGGAGAAAUUAAAACAUCAGAGAGACGAUCAAAUAGGAUACCAGAAAAUGUGGAAGGACAAAGAAAGAGUAAAAUCCCGUCAAGAGUACCACCAACUGAUCCAAAUUGGCCAAUAGUACUUGAAUCAGUAGAUCCCCGCUCAACCAGCGACGAUAUCAUAAAAAACGUUAAAGGCAAAGUAGACCCUGUCGCACUAGGAAUAGCUAUCAAUGGAAUCAGGAAGAUCCGAAACCAGAAGGCCAUAGUCUGCUGUGAUUCUGAGAAGGAUCGCAAAGCCUUUUGCCAGGCUCUCAAGAACGCAGAACCCAAGCUGUCAGCCAAGAUCCCCAGCACCAAAAACCCACUACUAAAACUCCCAGGGGUAGCUAAUGACAUGACCAACAAUAACAGCCAGAUAGAAGAAGCAGUCAUUAAGCUGAACAAAAGACUUUUGGUGGAGGUGGAAAACAAAGAUCUCAAGGUCAAGGUGCAGCGAAGAACAAAGGGAAGGAACUCACUGGUGGCCAACGUAAUUUUGGAAGUCAACUACAAGAUAUGGACCAGACUAAAAGAUCUACGCUUAAAAAUAGGCUAUCAAGUGGUGUCAGCUACAGAUCACUCCCCAAUCAGACAAUGUUACAACUGCCUAGGAUUCGGUCAUUUGGCUCGAGAUUGCAACCAAGAAUCCAACAAGUGUGGAUACUGCGCACAACAAUACGAUAGCAGAAUCUGUGCAAACAAGAAUGGCCCACCAACUUGCGCUAAUUGCAAAAAAGAAACAGGUAUGGCCACUGCACACCCAGCCUACAGUAGGGAAUGUCCGAUUUGGCAAUUUUCUUUCUUUAAGUAAUAUAAUAGUUUCGGUAGAUAGUAUGGAUUUAUUAUUUGUAGACACUUUUCGAGCAACAGUUUUGAGAGUAUUUACAAAAUAGCAGUAUGUCGUCUCAAUUGCUUUAUUGUAUUCCUUUUGUUCUUUUCUCUCUAGAAAUUCUUUUAAAUUGUUCAUUAUCUCUAAGUUAUUUUUAAUGUCCACAUAGGGAGUCAAUCCAGUUUGCAGCUUUCGACUUUUCUUUGUAUGUGACGCUCGUAACGUUGCACGUAUCAUUUUAUGGUCCGAAUUAAAAUUUAAAUUAUGUAAAACUGACAGAUCUUUAAAAACUUUUGGUUUAUUGGUCAUAAUGUAGUCGAUUUCAUUUUUAAAGAGUCCAUUUGGGGAAGUCCACGUCCAUUUCUUAUUCUUUUUCUUUUUAAAGAAACUAUUCAAGAUACUUAGUUUGUUUUCUAAACCGAAGUUAACCAAAUGUUGUCCGUUUUUGCUCCUAUUGCCAUUGCCAUAUCUUCCUACAGUGUACUCUUCGCCACUACGACAUUCCCCAAUUUGUCCAUUAAAAUCACCCAUUAUUAUUAUAUUUUUGUGAGCAGUAUCAACAGUACUUUGUAAUUUUUGGUAGAAUUCCUCUAUUUUGUUUGUGUCUUGUUUUUUAUCUGCUUCAGUUGGCGAGUAAACCUGAAUAAUUGACCAUAAUUCGUCUCUGCUAUUUUGUACGGGAAAUUUGACGUUGAGUAUUGCUAUUCUUUAGGAUAUGCCCUUCAAUUCCUCGAUUCGGUCCGUAUAUUUUCUUUUUAUCAAAAAACCAACUCCGUAUUGUCCUCGUGUUUCUCCUUUAUAAUGCAGUAUAUACUUUCCGUGGUCUUCUAUGCCUUCUCCCAUUCUUCUCACUUCACUUAAUCCAAUAAUAUCCCAAUUUAUUUCAUCAAUUGCUGUUUCUAGUUCGAUGAGUUUCUCUGGGGUUCUUAGUGAUCGUGUGUUAAGCGUCGCUAUGUGUAUGUCGCAAUUAUUAUUCCUUUUUUGGUUCUAUCCUUAGAGGGUGCUGGUCGUUUUCUCCCACAAUGACCAGUCGGCUUGGGAGAGAGUGUAGUUUUUCUAUUGUAUGUAUUUUUGAUUCUUUUUUUUGUUGUAUUUUCCGAUUGCCGGGGAUUGGUUGCUACUGUUGCUUGUUUGUAAGGACGUUAGUAAGAGAGUUAGAUCUCAUUCUCAUCACGUCAAAUGCGUUGGCUCUAUUGGCCUUAGAGGGUACGGUGGCUUGCUGUUUUUUAGGUUGAAAGUCUGAAGAAUGCGGUGAAGAAGAAGUUUCCUUUUUUCUUUUUUCGUUAGUUGUGUCCAUUUCCUUCACUAUAAGCUUAUCAUAUUUCAAAUACGCUAUUUUACCCUUCUUCCUUUCUUCAAUCAACUCCGCCUGUAACACCUUCCUUUUGGCCAGUACAUUCUUUGGAUAAUCUUCGGUGACAUAUAUCUCCUUAAGAUAUUUUUUAUUUUUUACUAUCUCA